AUUUCGGUGGUGGACACAGUCCGCGGCUAUCAAAAGUAGUUUUGUGAGUCAUUUUACGGUGAUAUGGAACAGUCUUUACGGGAGCUCAGAAUCGAAAAUGGCAGUCGUGAAAGUCAUUACGGAUAUGUUUACGCUGUGUCAGGUCCUGUUGUCACCGCAUCAUCCAUGGCUGGUUCUGCCAUGUACGAGUUAGUUCGUGUUGGACAUGAUGAAUUGGUUGGAGAAAUUAUUCGUUUGGAAGGUGAUUUGGCCACUAUUCAGGUGUAUGAAGAAACAUCUGGUGUAACUGUAGGUGACCCUGUUCUUAGAACUGGUAAACCCUUAUCAGUUGAACUUGGACCUGGGAUUGUCAACAAUAUUUUCGACGGUAUUCAACGCCCUUUAAAAGGCAUUUGUGACUUAACUAGUUCGAUCUAUAUUCCAAGGGGUGUAAAUGUUCCUGCAUUAGAUCGUAAAGUUGAAUGGGAAUUUAUUCCGACACCAGGUUUAAAGCCUGGAAUGCAUAUAACUGGUGGAGAUAUUUAUGGUAUUGUGCCUGAAAAUACUUUAGUUCAACAUCGAAUCAUGCUUUCACCUAAAGCCCAAGGUACAAUAAAAUGGAUUGCUCCGACUGGACACUACACAUUAUCGGAUAAAAUAUUGGAAAUAGAAUUCGACGGACAAAUCAGCCACCAUACUAUGUUACAAGUAUGGCCUGUACGUCAACCUCGUCCAGUGGCUGAAAAACUACCUGGUAAUCAUCCACUUCUAACUGGCCAACGUAUUUUGGAUGCUUUAUUUCCAUGUGUUCAAGGAGGAACUACUGCAAUUCCUGGAGCAUUUGGUUGUGGUAAAACUGUUAUUUCUCAGUCAUUAUCAAAAUACUCUAAUUCGGAUAUUAUUGUUUAUGUUGGUUGUGGUGAACGUGGCAAUGAAAUGUCCGAAGUGUUACGUGAUUUUCCAGAGUUAACAGUUGAAGUUAAUGGAAAACAAGAAUCAAUUAUGCAACGUACAGCUCUUGUAGCAAAUACAUCUAAUAUGCCUGUAGCUGCUCGUGAAGCAUCAAUUUAUACAGGGAUAACAUUAUCAGAAUAUUUCCGUGAUAUGGGUUAUAAUGUUAGUAUGAUGGCUGAUUCAACUAGUCGUUGGGCUGAAGCAUUACGUGAAAUCUCUGGUCGAUUAGCUGAAAUGCCUGCAGAUUCCGGUUAUCCAGCUUAUUUAGGUGCACGACUUGCAAGCUUUUAUGAACGUGCUGGUCGUGUACAUUGUCUCGGUGGUCCAGAUCUACGUUAUGGAUCAGUUGGUAUUGUCGGUGCUGUAUCUCCACCUGGUGGUGAUUUUGCCGAUCCUGUCACAUCAGCUACAUUAAGUAUCGUACAGGUAUUUUGGGGAUUAGAUAAGAAACUAGCUCAACGUAAACACUUUCCUAGUGUUAAUUGGCUUAUAUCCUAUUCAAAAUACUUACGUGUACUAGAUGAUUAUUUUGAUCGUAAUUUCCCAGAAUUUGUUGCAUUAAGAACUAAAAUGCAAGAAAUUUUACAAGAAGAAGAAGAAUUAUCUGAAAUUGUACAAUUAGUUGGCAAAGCAUCUCUAGCAGAGGCAGAUAAAAUCACACUGGAAGUUGCACGUAUCAUUAAAGAUGAUUUUCUUCAACAGAAUGGUUAUUCAUCGUAUGAUAGAUUUUGUCCAUUUUAUAAAACUGUUGGUAUGAUGAAAAAUAUUAUUGCAUUCUAUGAUCAAGCUAGACAUGCUGUUGAAGUAACUGCUCAAUCUGAUCGUCGUGUUACAUGGGCAUUGAUACGUGAAGCUAUGGGUCAAACAAUUUAUAAAAUUUCUAGUAUGAAAUUUAAAGAUCCUACAGCUGAUGGAAAGGAGAAAAUUCUACGAGACUAUGAUGAAUUAUAUGAAGAGAUAUCAUCUGGUUUUAGAAAUCUAGAAGAUUUAUAAAUGAAUAUAUCUAAGUACUUUUUCAUUUAUUUAUCAACGUUUAUUUAUUUAUAUACUCUUGAAAUUAUCUAAUUAUCAACAUAUUCUCAUCUCUUAAAUUUCUUUUUAUUCGUGUUUCAUUUUUCUAAGUUUCAAAAGUUCCCUACUUACUGUCUCUGUUCUUCUCCACUAUCAUGGUCGUUUACUCCUUGAUCUUAUAAUCGUUUUUCUUUCUGAUUGUCUUUCUUUUACAAUAUCUCGUUAUUUUAUUAUUUAUCCACGGAAAUUUUCUUGUCAUUAUAAUUACUUACUUACGCUUGAUACCUCUCGUCGAGGAGCAUAGUCCGCUCACCAGCAUUCUUCAUCCAACUCUGUCCUGAGCCUACCUUUCCAGUUCUUUUCAGUUGUUAUUCGUUCUUUUCAUAUCUACUUCUAUUUCCCGUCAUUCCAGUUGCCUUCUUCUUUUAUACCUGUUCUAGGAGAAGAGAAUAGGGAUGAUGAUGACGUUGAUAAUUAUAGUGUGAGGGAGUAAAAUGGAUACAGUUAACAUUUCAAAUAGUACACAAUAUCACUUAUGUUAGUAGUAAUAACAAUUAUAUAUUGUAAUAAUAAUAAUAAUAAUAUUAGUAGUAGUAGUAAUAUCAAGUUGACCAAAUUUUAUAAUUCUUUCGUCUAUCUCCCAUUAAGUAAAACACACAUGUAAACGCUAUGUGAUGAUUCCAAUGCAUAAUAUUGUUUGUUAUUCAUCUACACAUAUACAUAUAAAACAAAUGCCUAAUUGUUUUCAUUCCUAAGUAUCAUCAUUAUUCUUAUAAUGAAUAUUCUUUAUUCAUACCAUCCUGAAUGUAUUCCUAUCUGGCUCUAUCGGUUAAAUAAAUAUAUAUUCACAUUUUCAUUUCAAACUUGUUACCAUCCAAUGUUUUGUCCCUUUCUUCUUUAUUAUCAUUAUUGUUAUACUACUUAUUUACUUACUGUUGACAACUUCUUUGUUGGUAUUGUCUUCAUCGUUGACUUUCUUUUUUUUCUUCUGUUUCUUAUUGUUGCUGUGGUUGUUUGUUGUUGUUGUUGUUAGUAUUAUUUAAACAAAAUUCAUUUGAAAAUCACCAAUCAACUUUACUAUUAUUACCAGUGAUUACAUCAAUCACCAAUACAAUAACAAAAUAAAUAAUUAUGGUUGUUUUGGUGUAUAGUAGAACAAUAACGCAUUCAAUAUAUUUAUACAAUCAUUUUCUUAUUAUAAAAAAAGGGAAAAAUAUAUUUAUAUUGUUGGGUAUUUUAAAGAAUUUUGUAUAUUUUCAUUUUAACCUACUACCUGUUUUGGUAACGUUUAAGAUAUGAAACAUUAAUUACGCCUGUUACUGCUGAAGGAAUAUAGGUCGCCGACCAACAUUCUCCAACACACUCUGUUCUAGACCUUCCUUUCUAGUUCUAUUCAGUUUUUGUUCAUUCUUCUCAUGUCUAUUUCCAUUUCUCGACAUAAUGUGUUCUUUGGUCUUCCUCU